UAAAUUAAUGAGAAUAAUUUGAUUAUGAGUUGGAGAACAAGAAUUGGAGGACAAUCAGAUCAGUAUGGAAGGAGAUUUUGGAGAUGGGUUUUAUCCUUUUUCAAUUAAGAAUUGGUUUGAAUAUGAAAAUGGUUUUCUUUCCUUUUGUGUUUUGGUGGGGAGGCGUGCCGACGGGUGAAUGGGGAUUUUUGGAUGUGGGUCCAAGGACUGCAAUAAGCUAAGCAUGGUGACAAAUAUAUAGACCUUUAUGCAAAAAUUUGGAAACCGGGCAUUUCAAGUUGGUUUUUAGAGAAACAACCUGCUCUGAGUAACAUACGUGGAGGUUGUCAUGAAUAUCAAAGUGAUAUGUAGGAUUGAGAAAUGCAAUAGUUUUGUAUAGGUCAUGUCCAGAAUGCCAUGGCUUGUCUUCCUUAGUUCAGGACUUUUAUAAGAAAUUCUUAUAAGGGGUUCUGGUUACCCUCUUCUGAAUGGUUUCAUAAACCUCCUCAAGGCUGUAACUGGGUUGGUUCCAAUUUCACUCUUGGUGUCAAAUCUGUCUUGAAACUGGAAAGGAGGUUAGAGAUGGUGGCCUUAUGUAUGUGAAAGAUGGCGUUCUGAGCGGUUGGCUAGAGAUAAGUAAUUCUAAUCUAUGCACCAUAACGAUGAUUUUUUCUUUUUGAUUUUGACCUUGUCGAACUUAGGCUUGAAAAAUCUCUAGCAGGGAGUACGCAUAGAAUUAUCUGGAAUAACCCGGAAUUGUAGUAGUAAUCACCCCAGCCCUGUCAGUAGUGAAAGCCCAACCGUCUCACACAUCUUCAUAGCUGAGAUUGCCUCAGUUCUGCAUAUGGUAAAAUCCCAGUAGUUUCACCUCUGGUUGGCUCCAAUUUCAUUCUUGGUAUACAGUUUGUGUGGAAAGGAGGUGAAAGAUGAUGGCGUCAUGUAUGUGAAAGAUGGUGGUAUGAGCAAUUGGCUAGAGAUGAGUAAUUCUAAUCUAUAACAAUGUUUUUUACUUCUUGAUUUUGACCUGGGAAGGCUUAGGCUUACAAACUCUUCAGCGGGUAUUAAGCACUAGCAUAGAAUACUCUGAGAUAACCCUGAAUUGUAGUAGUAAUCACCCCAGCCCUGUCAAUAAGGAAAGCCCAGCUGUCUCACUCCUCUUUAUAGCUUGCAAAAGCGAUUGCCUUAGACCUCCAUAUGGUAAAAUUCCUAUAGUUUCAGCUCUGGUUCUCUUCAAUUUUACUCCUUGUAUCCAAUCUGUGUAGAUUCAUGGUCCGCUUCAAUUUCACUACUGUAGAAAGGAGGUGGAAGAUGGUGGCGUCAUGUAUGUGAAAGAUGGUAUGAGCAGUUGGCUAGAGAUAUGUAAUUCUAAUCCAUGCAACACAACGAUGAUUUUUCCUUUUUGAAUUUGAUCUGGUGAGGCUCAGGCUUAAAAACUCUCCAGCAAGGAAUUAGCAUAAAAUACUGUGGGAUAACCCUGAAAAGUAGUAGUAAUCACCUUAGCCCUGGCAGUAAGGAAAGCCUAACCCUGUCGAUAAGGAAAGCCCUGCCGUCACACACCUCUUCAUAGCUUGCAAAAGAAAUUGUCUUAGUCCUGCAAAUUGCAAAAUCCCAAUAGUUUCAGCUUUGCAUACCUAGUAAAAGGAUUUACAACGCAAAUGGAUAUGGAUUUUUGUUGAAGCCUGCAACCACCAAGAGGACAGAAGAUUUAUCGUUGGAGGGUUAAUCUCACAACGUACAAAAGUUUGGUGCCUGUGGAGCUGCAACUCUAAUUUCCUCUUUCUAUAGUUCAACAAAAGAAAAAGGAGGGUAAAAUUAAAGAGGCAUAACUGGGAAGCAGAGGAAGGAGAUGGAAUUAAUUUUUUGCUUCUUUGUGUUUCUGUUGGUAUUUUCAAUUAAUCAGUCAAAAUCUGAUGCUUUCACUCCAACGGACAACUACCUUAUAGACUGUGGAUCAAACAGCAACACAAAAUUGGGCGAUAGGACCUUCAGCUCAGAUACUAGCUCUUCCUCCUUGUCCAUAACUGCCAAGGAAUCCAUAUUUGCCUACACCACAGCUUCCAAUUCAGGUAACCUGUCUGAUAUCUAUUUGACAGCCCGAGUAUUCACUACAGAAGCCACCUACACAUUCACAAUUCAGGACAAGGGCAUGCACUGGGUACGAUUAUAUUUCUUUCCUUUCUCUUAUCAGAAGUACAAUCUAGCAUCUGCAAAUUUUUCUGUAGCAACUGAAGGAUUUGGUCUCUUGAACAAUUUUUCCGUCCGGAAUGGCUCGACUGUAUCUAAGGAAUAUUUAAUUAAUUUAGCUUCAAAUAAUUUGGUCCUUAAAUUUACUCCUUCAAACAAUUCCCUAGCAUUUAUCAAUGCCAUAGAAGUUGUUUCUGUUCCAUCCAAUCUAAUGUCAAACACAGCUCAAUCUGUACCCUCUUUAACUUCUGAGGAGCCCUCCUCGCAUGCUUUAGAAACAGUCUACAGGCUCAACAUGGGUGGACCUGAGAUUACCUCUGAUAACGAUACCCUUUGGAGACAUUGGCAACCAGAUACAGAAUUCCUCAGUCUCAGCAAUGCUGCCAAAAGUGCUAUUACAAGUAGCACAAUACUAUACACAAAUCAAACUACCCCAGAAAUUGCUCCUCGAAUGGUAUAUGCCACACUUCAGGAAAUGAAUGAUUCGGGCACAGUAAAUCCCCAAUUCAAUGUCUCUUGGAGCUUUUCUGUGGAUCCCAAUUAUGAAUAUUUCAUUCGCAUGCAUUUCUGUGAUUUUGUGAGCCAAGCACUUUAUCUGUUGUACUUCAAUGUAUACAUUAACAGUGACAUUGCAAUCCAGGAGUUCGAUAUCUCAAAGGAAACAGAUUCCCUGGCACAGCCUAUUUAUAAAGACUUUGUAGCCAAGUCAUCCUCUGGAUCAAACAUUCUCUCUGUCAGAAUUGGGCCUUCGAAAUUUGCUUCAUAUAAGAAUGCCGUAUUAAAUGGGCUGGAAAUUAUGAAGAUGAGCAACUCUGACAUGAGUCUUGCUGGAUCUUUUUCUCCAAAUGACUCCAAGACAGAAAAGAAGAAAAGCAAGGUUGGUCCAAUAGUUGGGUCUGUUGCAGGCGCUUUUGCAGCUCUGGGGUUGCUAACAGUAAUCUACAUGGUCUUUAAGUGUCGAAAAUCUCAUACAAAAAGCACAUCUACAACUUGGUUGCCUCUCCCUCUACAUGGUGGAAAUUCAGAAACAAUAGGAAGCAAAGAAAGCAAACAAUCUACAGGUAGCCAUGGUUCUUCUGCAAGUCUUGGUCGCCACUUCACAUUUGCAGAGAUACAAGAAGCUACUAAAAACUUUGAUGAAACAUUAAUCCUGGGUGUUGGUGGGUUUGGUAAGGUAUUUAAGGGUGUUCUUGAAGACGGUACCAUAGUUGCUGUCAAACGGGGUAAUCCAAGCUCAGAACAAGGGAUUGCUGAAUUUCGUACUGAAAUUGAAAUGCUGUCUAAGCUUCGUCAUCGUCAUCUUGUUUCUCUUAUUGGGUUUUGUGAGGAGCGUUGUGAGAUGAUUUUGGUGUAUGAAUAUAUGGCAAAUGGUCCUCUUAGGAGUCAUUUAUAUGGGUCUGAUCUUCCUACUUUGUCAUGGAAACAGAGGCUUGAUAUAUGCAUAGGGUCUGCAAGGGGUCUUCAUUACCUUCACACUGGAGCAGAUCAAGGUAUCAUUCAUCGUGAUGUGAAGACAACAAACAUUCUGUUAGAUGAAAAUCUUGUGGCUAAGGUAGCAGAUUUUGGGCUUUCAAAGACUGGACCUACUCUGGACCAGACCCAUGUGAGUACUGUUGUCAAGGGUAGCUUUGGAUACCUUGAUCCUGAGUACUUUAGAAGGCAGCAAUUGACAGAGAAAUCUGAUGUCUAUUCUUUUGGAGUAGUUCUAAUGGAGGUACUAUGUGCUAGGCCAGCCAUUAAUCCCACGCUGCCAAGGGACCAAGUAAAUAUAGCAGAGUGGUCUAUGCAUUGGCAGAAAAGAGGGAUGCUUGACCAAAUAAUCGAUCCUCAGCUUGUUGGAAGCAUCAAUUCUAAUUCAUUGAGAAAAUUUGGAGAGACAGCUGAAAAGUGCUUGGCAGACCAAGGUAUUGAUAGGCCUUCCAUGGGGGAUGUUCUAUGGAACUUGGAGUAUGCCCUUCAACUUCAGGAGACUGCAAGGCUGAGUGAUCCAGAUGAAAAUAGCACCAAUCGAAUUGAUGAGAUUCCCGUACAUGUUCCUUAUCCAGAGCAUCUUGAAGAAAGUAACAUUAGCAUGCAUAGUCGGGUAAGUGAACACGAUUCAGAAGGUGCAACUACAAAUGCAGUAUUUUCACAGCUGAUGAAUCCCCAAGGAAGAUGAUUGCAGCAGUUUUGCCAUUUGAAUCCCAUUCAUCAACUUAAAGCAUGUUGGUUGUUCUUCCUUGUCUUUGUGUUCAUCUUUAAUUCUUGACUUCAAUUUUUAAAUUUGUUGUACUGGUGGAAUGUUACUUCUAACUACUGUCCAAGUAGAGAGCACUAUGUGUUGACUGUCCACCAAAUUUUCUUCAUUUUAUAAAGAUCAAAUGUCUUUGUACUGUCUCUAGUCUUAUAAAGGAGGCACUCCUGUUUAAUGAAGCAUUUUUCCAAGCA